AUGGCGGCAGCAGUAAUGGGACGGCGCUCGCAAGACACGGCCGCAGGAGCACACCACGACGCCCCUCGACACUAUGGUGGCAGCAACAGUACCGAAGACGACACAGAGGAAAUGGACGAGAGCCGGGGCCCACUCGAUGAAAGCGGCGGCACCAUCUCUGAGGAUGAAGAUGAAGAAGAAGACAUUGAAGACUCCGUUGCCACCGACAUGGAUCGCUUUGAGCAGAGUUUUAAGAACAUCACUCAGCGCUAUCGUCUGAUCAACCGCAUCGGCGAGGGCACCUUCUCCACGGUCUACAAGGCCGAGGACCUGCUGUAUGACCACUACCAGAACGAUUGGGACCCUGAUAACGAUCCGGCCAACACCAAUGCCUCAUACAAGAGCCGAUCGCAAAAGGCGCGCUAUGUGGCCAUCAAAAAGAUCUACGUCACCUCCUCGCCCAUCCGCAUUCUCAACGAACUGGAGCUCCUGCAUGAUCUCAGAGACUCACCCAACGUCUGUCCGCUUAUCACGGCCUUCCGUCAUCACGAUCAGGUGAUCGCUAUACUGCCAUUCUUCCAGCAUAAGGACUUCCGGGACUACUACCGUGAGCUCAGUGCAGCAGACAUGCGAUGCUACUUCCACAGCCUCUUCACUGCCAUGAAGUCGGUACAUGAGGCCGAGAUCAUCCACCGCGACAUCAAACCGACCAACUUUCUCUACUCCCCCUCACAGCAGCGUGGUGUAUUGGUAGAUUUUGGGCUGGCGGAGCGCGAAGGCACCGACUGGCACCAGUGUGCAUGCUGCUUGGACCCUCCUGACAGACAGCGGAAAAUUCAAUCCUCGGUUCAUGCCUCGACCGUGGCAGCUGCACACGCCUCCGGCCAGCCAAACACCAGACCUUCAUAUCCAAAAGAAGAUUCGCGAUCUUCACGCCGCGCCAACAGAGCUGGUACCCGUGGCUUCCGUGCUCCAGAAGUCUUGUUGAAGUGCACGGCUCAAACUUGCGUGAUUGACAUCUGGAGCUGCGGCAUCAUCCUUCUGACGUUCCUCUCAAAGCGCUUCCCAUUCUUUCACUCCGCAGAUGAUAUCGACGCAUUCAUUGAGCUCUGCACCAUUUUUGGAAAGCGGCGGAUGAAGGAGAAUGCUCUCCUCCACGGCCAAGUCCUGCAGACGAACGUGCCAACUAUUUCCGAUCAUGGUCACAGUUGGGAGAAGAUCAUUCUCUGGUGUACUGGUCGCAACAAGAAAGAGGGAGACCCCGGUCUAACCGACGACGAGAUGGAGGCGAUUGAAUUCAUGAAGCGCUGCCUCGAACUCGAUCCAUCCAAGCGUAUGACGGCCGAGCAGGCGCUAGAGCACCCUUGGCUUGCUGGCAAUGGCUCGCAGAGCAGCGAUGGGAGUGAGGUACUUUGA